AUGGGUGAAGAAGAGCUAAGAAGAAAAGAGGAAGAAGUCACAAGCGCAGGUCUAGCCGAUGAAAGCGCCACACCGCGACCAUCGACGGAUGGCGGCCUGGUGCGCUGUCACAGUACGGCGCAUUCGCCUUCAGCUGGGUGCCUUACCGCUGCCAAACUGAAAUGGGCCAAGGCGCCUGAAGCUCUGAAGAACCCUGAGACGAGGGGCAAUGGAAGGGCCGAACCACGGACGCGCCGUCCGUAUGCGUCUGUCGGACUCCGCUCAACCUCAGACACCAUUGAUCCGCGAUGUUGGGCUGGGUUCUUAGACGAGGGUUGGAGGGCGCGUCGGGGGGAAACAGAGCAAACGCAGGCGCAGAUUGAGCAACCAGAUACGCCCGCGCCCGUCUUUGCCGCCCGCGCACUCAAAAGCGCCAUCUUUGGAACACCCGCGCGACCCGACGACGAUAAUACUGCCACCAUGGCGCGUCGCAAGGACGAAGACGACUCUGAUGCUGAAUCCCGAACCCCGAUGAAACAACCUCAAGGAAUUCUUCUCACUCCUGGAACCGGAACCUCUCGACGGAAGCGUGUGUCGUUCGGGCACGAUGUGCUGGAUAACAAGAAGGUCGACAACAGAAAGGGCAAAGAAGUAGACACCGAGGAACGACCGGGGAGAUUCCCAGACAGUUUUGCCGACACGACCAGCGACUCCGCAAGCAAGCGCACCAGAUUGACCGAAACAAUGGAGAACUCACGACGCAACAAAGGAACUUCAAGCUCGCGGGAGAGGAGCCAGACGCGGACCACCGCAGCCAGGAGUGACGAUGCUGGGGACGAAUGGGAGGAGGCCGACGACGACCAAUGCAUGCACGAUAUCACAAUGGACCUUAACGAGCCCCAUUCGCGGUCGGGCAAGUACUGGAAGUCGGAAUUCGAACAAUAUCACCAGGACGCUAAAGCCGAGAUGGAGAAAUUGCUCAAGUACAAACAGCUUGCCAAGUCAUACGCCAAGAUGAAGGACGCCGAGGCUAUCGACCUCAACGCCAAACUCAGGGAGGAGCAAGAGAAGGCCGCCAAAAUGGAGAAGAAGAUCUCUGAGAUGGCGGCGCAGAUUGCUGCGAAGCAGCGAGCCAGCGGCGAAGAGAGAGACAACCCUCAGCUCAUCAAAGACUUGGCAAAACAGACUGCCGUAGCUGUUGAGUACCGGACGCAGGUGCAAGAAUUGGCGGCCCUUUUAGAGAACCGCGAAAAUGGCGAAGACGACGAGGGGGAUGCACGAAGCAGGCGCCGGCGGCAGGCUGCCUCACCACGAACACACAAGACCUUGCUCGAGGCCCAGCGAGAAUUGAGGAAGGCUAGAACACAAGUCAAGGAGAAUGGGCAGCUACGAGAGGAAGUAGAGCGGCUGAAGUCCGAUCUCCUGUUUGCAGAGCAACGAGCAAACAAGCUCGCCGAAGAAAACAAACGGCUUGCCGAGCAACAACCAUCACAGAACAAGGAACAAGGCAAUGACGCCACGCCAACGGGGAAGCGCGUGGACGAGCUAGAGGAUGCGAUUCGCAAGAAAGACGAUGAGUUACGCAAGAAAGACGAUGAGUUACGCAAGAAAGACGAUGAGUUACGCAAGUUAAAGUCGGAGUUUGAGAAUUACAGAAUGGAUGCCGAAGCUACGCAAGAAGAUACGCGGCGCAUCUUAGAGAAGGCGACGGAGAAGAUCAACGAGCUCAAGAGAGAAAACAAGACUCUCAAAGCAGGAACAGCUGAUGUACCGAAGACGAAGAACACUGCUGUUCCCCAUGAACGAGAGCCUGCCGUCAGAGAACAACGCGCUCAAGAGACUGACCGCUUCACUGCGGAUCACAAAGGCCGUAAAACAUCGACCGAAAUAGGCCGCCGGAGCUUCGACCUGGUAGAAUCACUAGGGAAGAAGCUCAACGAGCCAAAGUCUCAAAAUCUUCGAGACAAAUAUCAGCGAGAUGCCGACUCCCCCAGUUCAGACGACGAGCCGCCGGCGAGAGAACGACCAAGGCGCCCCCAGUCCGAAAUCUUUUCGAACCGUGUCAGUCUUGACAAGCCUAAGUGGCGACCUUUCAUCCCAAGGUCACCCCGCAACAGAGAAUACCUAGGUCCUGAUCUAAACGACCGGAUCGUCACCUCGAGCGAGGUUCCGACAGGCAACACGCCGGCACCUCGACACAGGUUCUCCAGCAAGGACAAGGACGCACCAAUUGAUUUGCUACAGGAUCGUUUUGCUCGGCUAGGGGGGCCGGGCGAGCCCGAUGUCGAGGCCAGCACCAUGCUGGCGGCAAACAUGUCCAAGAGCACAUUACCUCCGCAGAGACGAGCAGCGGCCAUCGCGCGAAUAGAACAGAGAAAGGCCGACAAGAGGCGCGCAGCGUCGGGCCAGAGCAAUAACAAGGAGAACAUGCGACCACAGCGCUCAUAA